AAAGUAACCGUCUUCUUAUUUAUGAAUAAAUAAAUACCUGCAUCGCGUUAUGUGUAGCGGCAGCAGAGGGAGACACGUCGACUACCUUCGCGGACACGGAGCCCCCCGAGCCGGCGUCCUCCAGUCAGACGUCUCGCCUCCUCGGAGCUUCAGUGUGUUUGUUGUCGCAGCCACGAAACUAAAAAGAAAAAUGGUGAAGCAGUAGCAUGACACACAUUUUCGAGCAUGGCAGAUAGAAAAGGAAAAGCUGUCGCUCUGAUCAAACCGCUCUCAAGGAGAGAACAAGACGGGCUCAAGAAGAAGGAGGAGGAAAAGGCCGCGGAGGUCUUUGAAGAGUUCUUGGCGUCGUUUGAGACCAACGAGAAGAGCGGCGUGAAAACGUUUGUCCGCGGGGGGAUCGUGAACGCGACUAAAGAGGAGGAAGCGGCCGAGUUCAAGAAAAAUAAACUUUAUCGACCGGCUGGCAAGUUUGUCCCUGUGUCCCAGCAUGGCUCCCCGGUGUCAUGUGCUGAAAGCAAAAAGUCUACAUUUAAAAAGAAGUCCGAUGAAAAGAAGAAGAGCAAUCUGGAACUCUUCAAAGAAGAGCUGAAGCUAAUACAAGAAGAGCGAGAGGAAAGAUAUAAAAGGAAGAAAAAUGACACUGGUGGUGGAGGAGGGGGAGGAGGAGGAUUUGGAGAACUGGACGCACCGUUAUCGGGACGGUCCGCUUUAUAUGAUGACCUGACGGUGCCGACCACCACCAACCUCUACAUCAGCUGCAUUAGCCCAAAGAUGAACGAGGAGAUUCUCUGCAAAGAGUUCGGUAAGUACGGCCCGCUGGCCAGCGUGAAGAUCAUGUGGCCCCGGACGGACGAGGAGCGCCUCCGGACCUCCAACAGGGCCUUCGUGGCUUUCAUGACGCGGAAAGAUGCGGAGAGAGCCUUGUCUUCACUCGACGGUAAAUUAAUUAUGGGCUUUGAGAUGAAGCUCGGGUGGGGUAAACCGGCUCGGAUUCCGCCCCAGCCUCUCUACACCCCGGUGGGGGUGAGGACCACCCCGCCCCCCCAGUCCGGUCUCCCGUUCAACGCUCAGCCGAGAGAUCGCUUCCGCAACGACUUCACGAAGCCGCUCGGCUUGUCCAAAGGAGAGCUCGACAAGACUCUGUCCGAAGCCGUAGUCAAAGUGGUUAUCCCGACCGAAAGGAACCUCCUGUUCCUCAUCCACAGGAUGAUUGAGUUUGUGGUGCGCGAGGGCCCCGUGUUCGAAGCCGUGAUCAUGAACAAGGAGACAAGCAACCCGGACUACAGGUUUCUUUUCAACAACAAAAGCCAAGAUCAUGUGUACUACCGCUGGAGACUGUUCUCCAUCCUGCAGGGACAGUCCCCGACGGAGUGGAGGACGGCAGACUUCCGUAUGUUCCGGGCCGGCUCCAUGUGGAGGCCCCCCAUCAUCAACAGCUACUCCGACAGAGAUGAGGAGCAGGCCGACCUGGAGGAGGACAGGCCUCCCGAGGAGGAGGUGAAGAAAGGCCAGCUCAGAUCUGAGCACAAGCUGCGGCUGGCGGCGCUGCUCCAGGAGCUGUCGCCCAGCAGGGGGCGCGUGGCCAGCGCCAUGCUGUUCUGCCUGGAGCGGGCCGACGCCGCCGAGGAGGUCGUGGGUCACAUCACGGAGUCUCUGUCCUCGCUGCAGACGCCCCUCCAGAAGAAGAUCGCCAGAUUAUAUCUCGUCUCCGACAUUUUACACAAUUCAUGUGCCAAAGUAGCCGGAGCCUCGUACUACCGUAAAUAUUUUGAAACCAAGUUAACACAGAUCUUCGUUGAUCUUAACGCGGCUCAUAAAAACAUUCAAGCCCGACUGCAGGCGGAGCAGUUUAAGCAAAAGGUGACGAGCUGCUUCCGGGCCUGGGAGGACUGGGCCAUCUACCCGGAGCCGUUUUUAAUCCACCUCCAGAACAUCUUCCUGGGCUUCGCCAAAGCGGCGGAGGAGGUGAAGGAGGCGCCGGAGGAGGCGUCCUCCUGCACCGAGGCCGCGCCCAGAGACGGGUCGGCGCCGCUCGGGCAGCCGGCCGACGACCUGGACGGCUGCCCCCUGGGCUGGGACCCUCUGGACGGCGUCCCCGUGGACGACAUCGACGGCGUUCCCCUGGGCGUCGCCAUCGACGACAUCGAUGGAAUGCCCCUGGAGGAGAGCAGCGUCCCUCUCUCCAGAGUGCCUUUGUCCAAAUGGGAGAAGAUGACCGAUACUGGGACAUUUUCUCAAGCUAAGACGGAGUCGAAGUGGGACGCAGUGGUGGAGCCCAACACUGAGGACGAAGUGACCGUGAGCGUCAACUCGAAGGACGAAGACUCUCAGAGCGACAGCAGCGACGACUCCAGCCGGUCGUCCAAGUACGAGAGCGCCGACUUCCAGAGCUCCCUGAAGAGCUUCCAGAUGUCCGAGGGCAAGAGGAAACGGCUGAGGGAGCUGGAGGUGAAGGUCAUGAGGACCCAGGAUGAGCUGGAAUCCGGCAAGAGGCCGAGGAAGUCUGGAAUGAGCCUCCACCAGCAGGUGGCGCACUACCGGAACAAACUGCUGCAGAAGGAGUUUGAAAAAGACGAAGAAAAGAGCGAGAAGAAGUCUAAAGAGAAGGCCAAAGACGAGCGGCGGGACAAAGACCGGAGCAAGAGGAGCGACGACGGCGUCCGGCGAAGGGGGCGGAGCCGAGAGCCCGAGGACCGCGGCCAGAGGUCGAGGAGCGUCUCCCCGUCGAAGACACAUUCUCCCAAGUGGUCGAAGCGUUCCCGCUCUCCGUCUCCGGACCGGAGGACGGGGCGCUCCGGCUCUCGGUCGCCGCAUCGCUCCCACAAGAAGGCCAAGAAGAGCAAACAUUGACCCUGGGCCACGACCUUUGACCUCCUCACUCUCUCCCGACCCCGUACACCAUCCACGCAAAGACUCGGCACCUCUUUUCUUUUUUGUAUGAUGAAGUUUGAACACUGUAACUAAUUAUAUAUAUUUUUGUUUUUAUGUUUGUUUUUAAAAAUGAAGACUAGAAAUGUUGCUGGAAAGUUCUGAAACUAAAAUAAAUCACUAUUGGUGAUG